UUUUUUUUUUUUUUUUGUUUCAACGAUGAAUGUCAGCAUUGUUAAAACAAAACGGAAAACCAGUUGUCUACCUUGUAGGUCGAAGAAAGUCAAAUGUGAUGGUGAAUUACCUUGUCAACGAUGUGUCAAUAAAAAUACUGGUGAUCAGUGUAGCUAUGCUCAACAACGACCUCUUGGCAGACGUCCCAAAAAUGCAGUGAUCAACAAACUUGUUCUCGAUAGAAAAAGACAACAAACAUCAUAUGAAUUUUGCAAAGACUUUAUCAUUGAAAACUUGGCAUAUACAAUCCCAAGUGGUACCAAGUUCCUCCAUAAUGACAAGACGAAGAACUUACAUUAUUUCCUUGACUCUUACUUCACUGAUACUUUUGCAGCAGCCGUAACUCAAUUAGCCAUGAUUCGUUUGAGCAAUGCUCCUUCUGUUAUGCCUGAAGUCAAAAUGUACGAUCUCCUGGAAACACAUACUUGGACAGCAAUAGAGCUCACUAACAUAUUCAACAGUAGUAUCAGCACCAUACCUCAGGAGGGAGCAUAUGAAUAUAAUUCGAUCGCAUCAGGUGUAUUUCAAGAUCUGGCAUUCAAGUUCUUUGCCGAACUUCCAGUGGACCCUUAUUCGAUCAAUCCUCUUACUACGCUUUCAACGCAACAGGCGAUACGACUCAUUGAAUGUUUCUUCAGUAUUCACCCCUUCUCGCAACUUCUCAACAAGACGUUAUUACUCCAAGGCUUUUGGACUGACUCAGUGGACCCUUUACUUUUAUGUGCAGUUUAUGGAACAGCAAUCUACUUUUCAAGGAUGUUGGAAGGUAGACCCGUAGGACUCUGGGAAGCCGUGAAUCGUAAUGAAAGAAAUCCUUAUUUGGACUAUGCUUACUUUCUAUUGCAAAAAUCGUCGACAGAAGCUACUGUGGUCAAAUAUCAGGCUGUCAUCUUGCUCGGCAUGUUCGAAACAUCUUAUGGAUUUCCAAAACGGGGUAUGUCUUUACUUGGCUUGGCUUAUAUGAUGGGAUCAAAGCUUGGAAUUACAGAUGGUUCUCUUCUCUCAACAGAAAUCAGUGAUGUAGAAGCGGAAUUAUUGACAAAUACUUAUUGGACCAACUUCAACAAUAUUAUUCGUGGAUGCGUUGACGUCGGUCAUGCUGCUCAUUUUACAAAGGGCGCAAAAAAUCCACCACCAUUACCACCAGUCAAUAUUGAAAAAUCUUUGUCUUAUCAACUUGAACUUUCCAGCGGUGAUCAACGACUUUAUCGAUCUUAUCAUUAUUUAGUGGAAACCUUCUAUAUCGUUUGUGUGAUCAGUACCUAUGUCAACAAGCUCUUAAUUCAAUUUCCAGAGGUGAAAUACAAUGCUACUACUACCCAUGAAUCCAAAUCAAAACCACCGGUGGGCCAUCCAACAGUUGAUGACCUUGUACCAAGGCUGAUGAAGGUUUUGCAAGAAUUUGACGAAUUUAUACAGGCAACUCGGCAUACUUGGACUGCACAACAAGCAUAUACAAUUGAAUCAAUGUGGAUGCUAUUUGAUAUUCAUAUUCUCUUUAUCAAGGAUUAUGCACCAGCUCCAGAAGGUACAGGCUACGGCAAUUCGAUAUUCGAUAUCUUCCGGGACACAGUGCUCUCAAGCAAUGAUGCAAAAACCAUGGCUCGCGUACAAAUGGGGGUUCCGAAAGUAUACAAGAUGUUGGACCUAAUGCAGGCUUUUCUAUCUGAAAAAUCGAACUACAAGAAUCAAGUAUCACUGCUACCAAGAGCACUUCUUCUCUCUGUGUUGGAAACUGCUACAACUGUAUUAUGCUUGAAACAUUACAAUGAUCGACAAGACGAUAUAACUUGGGAUUAUUUGAAACAAAUAUCAACAUUGACUCGAGGUAGUAUAUGGGCCGAUUGGACAACGAUUAAAUCUGUACGAGAAAAAGUGGAUUAUUACUUGGAUCAAUUCAAUCAUAUGGACAAUGAACGACAAUUCAAGAUGGAUGAAUCUACUAGUGGACCACUGGACUCUUCUGUACUUAGCAACAUUAUCUCUAGUCCAUCAUCAUCAUCAUCAUCAAGGAAUUCCACAGUGGAUGAUGAUCUAGCUCUGGCGGCAUUUUUUGAUCCUUGUGCCGAGUGGCUGACACCUUUGGUUGGUACUCUACCGGCUAAUCUGGUACUUUGGGAUAUGCCUGGUGACAACUCAAUACAGAAUAAUAGCAGCAACAUCACCAGUACAAACGACAUUAUCAACAAUUUUAUUUCCUCUCCAGCAACAAGCACUAACUUGACAUCAUCAUCAUCAUCAUCUACUACUGUUUCAACUUUACCAAUAGACAAUAUACCUGACAACAUCAUGUCGUCACCUUUGCAAUCUCUUCAUAUGAACAUCAACACAACUAGUAAUUAUGGUAAUGCACCUUUGGGUAAUCAAUCUAUUUCUUCAUUCAACCUUUUCAAUACUGGUCAAGUUCCACAGCCUGCAGUAACAUCACCACAACCACACUCCUUUUUUAACAAUCUAUCUUCACCACUUCCACCGCAACCAUCACCACCACAACAACAACAGCAACAACAUCAACGGCAAGAAUCUUUGUACCAUACCGAUAUUCAGCAGGUUUUAUUUGAUGAUCCUUCAUUCAAAUAGUUUUAGAAAUGUAGUAUAGUUUUUUAGUUUAAUUUAUUAUCCUUUUCUUGUAUUUAUUUUCUUUAUUUCUUUACAUCACUUUGUGUUCUGCAGACAAUUAUCUGUUUUGAAACAUUGUACCAAAAUAAAACUCUCUAUCAUUUAA